ACUCAUAUACAACAAUAACUAAAGAUGUCUGCACACACCACUGUUAAAGCUGCCAACUGGAGAUUAGUUGAAUUAGGUCGUAUUGUCUUAGUUGACAACAAGGACUUAGCCACCAUUGUUCAAAUUAUCGAUAACAAGAGAGUUUUGAUUGAUGGUCCAAAGAUCCAAAGACAAGCUAUCUCUUUAGCUAAGGUUGUAUUGACCCCAAUCGUCUUACCAAACUUGCCAAGAGGUGCCAGAACCGCUACCGUUACCAAGAAGUGGUCUGCUGGUGAAAUUGACUCUAAGUGGUCUGCCACCACCUGGGCUAAGAAGUUAGCUGCUAAGGAAAGAAGAGCUCAAUUAUCUGACUUUGAAAGAUUCCAAGUUUUGGUUUUAAAGAAGCAAAAGAGAUUUGCUACCAAGAAGGCUUUAGCCAAGGCUUAAAUGUUUUAAAAAAAUCAAAUUCAUAAUGUGUGUAUUCUUAGCUUCCCUAAUUUUUCAGGGUAUAUAAUCAUAGUCGGGGUUUUUUUAAUGUUUACGUCUUUCCAAAAUGUGUUUUGUAUAUUUGAUUAGAAAAUGCAAGACGAAACCAACCAACCAACCAAUAUCAUAAGUUUCAUUCCUUUUCUUUUAUAGGAGAUCAUUUUAAAUAUAUAUAAAUACAAGAUUAAUUUGU